CUAAUCUAAGUAGUAAGUAGAUUGUCAUACUUUCUCAGGCACCAUUCAAACAAGAUUCAGUAGUGAAUCAAUUUGCCUAUAUCCUUAAUCUUUGUGCCGUCCCAUCUUCCAUUUAAUCAAAACCAUGGCCAAUAGCACAGCACUUAUAUCUGCAGUGGCAUCUCUUGCAGCCUCAGCUAUGCUAAUCCGAAGCAUUACAAAUGACUUCAUUCCUCCUGAAGCCCUAGACUUCUUUUACUCCCGAAUUCAUUAUCUUUCUCGCAAAUUUUCCUCCCAACUUACCAUUAUCAUUGAAGAAUUUCAAGGGGUGUCUAGAAACCAAGUGUUUGAGGCUGCAGAAGUCUAUCUAGGCACUAAAGCCACUGUCUCAGCUCUAAGAGUUAAAGCAAGCAAAUCUGAGGAUGAUAGAAAGCUAGCAUUCAGUGUAGAUAGAGAUGAGGAAGUGUGUGAUGAUUAUGAAGGAGUUCAGGUUAAGUGGAAACUUGUCUGUGAGAUGGUUGAGUCUUAUGGUUCAAGACAUUUUAAUAAUAUGAAUCGUGCUUUCAAGUCAGAAGUAAAGUCCUAUGAACUAAGCUUUCACAAGAAACACAAGGAGAUGAUCUUCAAUGCAUAUUUGCCCUAUGUGUUGGAGAGAGCCAAGGCUAUCAAACAAGAGAACAUGGCAGUGAAGCUUCGCACAAUUGAGUAUGAAAGUUAUUGGAAUGGUGAUGGUGUCAUAUUUGGCCACCCCAUGACUUUCAAGACUCUUGCAAUUGAUGCAGAGCUUAAGGGGGAAGUGGUGAGUGAUUUGGACAAGUUUGUGAAGGGGAAGGAGUUCUAUAAAAAAACUGGUAAAGCAUGGAAACGUGGUUAUCUCUUGUAUGGCCCUCCUGGCACCGGCAAGUCUAGUCUUAUUGCAGCCAUGGCUAAUUAUCUCAACUAUGAUAUCUAUGAUUUGGAUCUCACCAUUAUCCAAGACAACAAGGAGUUGAAGAAUCUCAUCCUUGGCAUGUCCAACCGUUCCAUACUUGUUAUUGAGGAUAUUGACUGCACCAUAAAGCUGCAGAACCGAGAAGAAGAAAAGGAAGUAGACAAAAAUAAAGACAAUAAGGUGUCACUUUCAGGACUGUUGAAUGUUAUAGAUGGUCUUUGGUCAUGCUGUGGAGAGGAAAGAAUUAUUAUUUUCACAACCAAUCACAAAGAGAGGCUGGAUCCUGCUCUGCUGAGGCCUGGGAGGAUGGACAUGCACAUUCACUUGUCAUACUGCACCUUUUCUGCUUUCAAGCAAUUGGCCCUCAACUACCUUGGCAUUUCACAACACAAACUCUUUGAACAGAUUGAGGAGCUUCUAAGAGAAGUGAAUGCGACACCAGCAGAAAUAGCUGGAGAACUUACAAAGAGUGCUGAUACUAGAGACCCCCUCCAAGACCUUGUCAAAUUCCUCCACAGCAAGAAAAUUCUGCAGGACAACACUGUGAUUGACCACAAUGUCAAUGAUCAUGAACUAGGUGGAGAAAAGUAGUGUCAAAAUGUCAAAUUUGGUUUGGAUGAAUCAUGGUAGUAGGUGAGUUUAUUAUAUUGUAUAAUUAUAAUAAUAUAUAGUUGCAUGCUACUGAGCUGCCUAUUUUUUAGGUUCACACCUGAUACUAUUUCACAUGUAUUCUUUUCACUUCACAUGCUGAAAGAGCUUGCCAUUUUGUUUUUAUUUUUCACAUAUAUCCUUGUUUGGAAUUAA